UUAGCGAAUCUGCUCCAGCGGAUUAACGCCAUUGGUGAUCUUCUCCAGCAAACCUGUUUGGGCCCGUUACUCCCAAAAAAAGGUUUUCUGCAGCGGCACGGACGAAAGUGGACACCUCCGUUUCUCCUCUCUCGUCUCUUUUAUUUAGAGAACAUCUCCUGGUGCCGCGCACGGGAGGGAGGCCGACGAAGCGGAGCGCGGGGAGACCCGGUGGAGAGAGAACCCUCUUUGCCGACGACAACCGGUGGCGUCGUCCGACCUUCGGUUUUGAUCGUGCACUUCCGUCGUCCUUUUCUCUUCUCCCGUCGUCCCGUUCGCCGAUUGCGCGGGCUCCGACUGCCGUUCUCCGUGCAGACGAAAGUUAUUGACCGUAAACGGCCUUUAAAGAACCAAGCGAAAAGAAAGAGUGAACGGGGUUUAAUCGCUGGUUUCUUUUUCUCCCUCACAUCGGCGAUUUUUUUUUUUUUUGGUUCUGACCAAUAAUUUUUAUGACAUCGUAAUAUAAUAGCCGUCCCCUUCUUCGAUCUAUUGCCCCUCCUCUCUCCUCUCCUCUCCGUUUCUCUCAAUAAAGAUAGAAAUCUCAAACCCCUAGCUAGGGUUUACAGUUCUCUAUCUUCUCUCGAUCAGUUUGCCAUCAAACCCUCUCAGCCAUCGAUCUUUGUGAUUCUUGGUGAUCGAUUCUCGGGGCCAUGCCGGAUGUCCAGGCCCUCGUCAAUGAUUUCGUUCUCAAGCUCAAGAGACGCAAGAUCGAGGGGUCGCACGCGAGCGCGCAGCAUACGGCGGAGCUGCUCCGGUCGGUGAUCUCGCAUCAGAGGAUGCCGUACACGAACCAGGCGGGGGCGCUAAUCGAUGCCGUUAAGGCCGUCGGCGAGCAGCUUAUCGCCGCAAACCCUGUCGAACUUGCUGUGGGGAACAUUGUGAGGCGUGUUUUGCAUAUCAUCAGAGAGGAAGAUCUUUCUUCAACUGCAACUGCAAUUGAGGGACUGGGCCUGUCUGCUGGUAGUGAUGAUGAUGAUGAGGGUCAACAUGAAGAUCGCCCAGCAUUGUCUGCUGCAGCCCUUGCUGCUGCUGCCAGAAGCACCCUUCGUGCCCCUUCUUUGCAAACCCUUCUUGAAGACAUACCCGAUUCUGCUGCUGCUCCUCAGCCUCCUUCUUCAGGGGGUGAUUCUGAAGGAAAAAGCAAAUCAGCAGAUAAGAACAUAAGGAGCCGGAAGCUAAAGCAUGAUGUCAUUGAGGCUAUCAAUGAACUGAUUCAAGACAUUGACACCUGCCAUGAACAAAUUUCCGAACAAGCAGUGGAGCAUAUUCACCAAAAUGAGGUCAUUUUAACUUUGGGCCGUUCAAGAACAGUUAAGGAAUUCCUUUGUGCAGCAAAAGAGAAAAAUCGAUCUUUUCGGGUAUUUGUUGCUGAGGGUGCUCCAAGGUAUCAGGGGCAUGUUCUUGCAAAAGAGCUGGUCAGCAAAGGCAUACAAACCACUGUUAUAACUGAUUCUGCGGUUUUUGCCAUGAUUUCCCGAGUGAACAUGGUGAUAGUCGGAGCUCAUGCAAUCAUGGCAAAUGGCGGAGUUAUUGCACCAGUAGGCAUAAAUAUGGUUGCACUUGCUGCCCAAAGGCAUGCUGUCCCAUUUGUUGUGGUUGCUGGUAGUCACAAGUUGUGUCCCUUAUACCCACAUAAUCCAGAGGUUCUGCUGAAUGAUCUCAAAUGCCCAUCUGAUUUGCUGGAUUUUGGGGAGUUUUCAGAUUGUAUGGAUUUUGGUAGUCAUGGUGGGUCACCUCUUCUUCAUGUUGUAAAUCCAGCAUUUGACUAUGUGCCUCCAAAGCUUGUCAGCCUUUUCAUCACUGAUACGGGAGGGCAUAAUCCAUCUUAUAUGUAUCGGCUCAUUGCAGAUUAUUACUCUGCUGAUGAUCUUGUGGUGAAGCGAAGAUCAACAUCAUGAAUGCAAAUGAAGAAAUACUUUGAUAUCAGCAUGCUCUGGUUCUGUUAAUGACAGGAACACUUGGAAUUAGGCUCGGUCUCAAGAAGCUCAGGACAGCAGAGGAAAAUUUUGCUAAUUCCAUCCGAUGUUGGUGCAACAAGUCAAUGGAAGCACCAUCAAGUAAAACAUUGGCAUUCAUUCUUCGAAUCUAGAAGGUUUUCGAUGGAGUUGAUGCAGCUUACUUCUUUAGAUGAUUGACAGACUUGGGUUUUUGAUCUCGUACUAGUUCAGUUAAAGUGAUUGUCUAAAUUGUGCUGCUGUGGGUGUUCCUUUUCUAUAAUGUUUUAUAUAUGAACGACCAUUAGGUGGAAACUUUAUGUUGUGAACCUAUGCAUGAUGCAUACCAGCAGCCAAGGAUUUGUUAGUUUAAUUGAUUUGCUUGUAUGUGGGAGCUCUAUAUGAAAAUUUUGAAAAUCUAAGUUAUAUGGUCUUCCAAUUGAUUCUUUAA